AUGCCAUUUGACCCGGAAGUUGAAAAAGAAUGGAAAGAAGACGACCCCACAGGGAUCACGCUUUUCGAACGCCUCAUCGAACUCGGGGCCGAUCCUGAGGCGCGAGACGUGGAUGGGAGUAACGCCUUGCAUCACAUGCUUCAGUUCCGACAAGGCAGAAAUAGCAGCGUCCCGUCGAUGAUGAAAUCGCUUUCCUACAUUGCACGAUCUCAUCCGUCAUCCGUCAACCACAGACACAGGAACGGCAAAACACCACUUCACCUUGCCGUCGAACGCGCCCUCUACGAAAAGAAGACGACAUACGCCGACCUGCUGCUUGACGCUGGCGCAGACCCUCUGAUCACCGACAACGACGGAAAUACCGUCCUGCAUAUCCUGUGUCGAAUGCUAUGGAUUUCCACCUUACGGCCCCUCUUCGAGAAGCUCAUCAAGCACGGCUGCGACGUCAAUGCACGCAACCUUCAAGGCGAGACGCCGUUGUUUUGUUACUUUGGCGGGUUCACGCCAGGCGAGAAGCAUUUCUAUAAAAUAUACCGCGAUAUAAAGACCUACGACGAAGCAGGCGCAAUUGCUGUUCUAAAGGCCGCUGGUGCGGAUUUCUCGGCCCAGCGAAACGAUGGUCAGGGGUUGCUCCACAUCGCGGCCAAGGGACACGAAGUGAGGUUCAGGAAGCUUCUCGAUGAAGGGCUGGACCCCCUGUUGGAGGACGGUGAACGCAAGACUGCGUUGAAUGUUGCUGCUGCAUGCCAUAAUACAGGCGUGUUGAAGCUGUUCAAGCGCGGGGAGACUGAAGACCGGGGAAGCAGAAGCUGGAUGGAUGCUGAUGCCAUCUUUGGUCUCAGAUGA